UGAAUAGCUACAAUGUACUCGCAUUUACUGUUUAUUACUUUACGCUCUUAUUUUUGAAAUUUUACAACACGUGUUUCCGGUCCGUGAUGAGCUAACAACAAAUGGCUUGCAAGCUAAUGGUAGACUUUUAAAAGUGACUUUACGUCGCCUUAACCAUGGAAACGAUUGGUGGCUCCGGCCAAGUGGAAAACACAGAUAUAUUCCUACCGUUGUCAUCACUAAGGCUGCUGAUUCCUCCCCUGCGGCUGCUCUCUGCAGCGAUGUGGCAGGUGGCUCAGCGGAGAGAGGUUCUCGACUAUGAAAAGCUUGGUGAGUUUGUGAUGCUGGUGACGGCUACAGUGCCAGACCUGCUCAAUCCACAGCAACGGGGCAAGCUGCUUCUGCGGCUGAGAGCAAGAGUUAUUCUUGAGUUGUGCAGAGAUGAGGAAACGGCCAACAUUUUGUGUGUACGGCCUCACCUAGAACGAAUCCGCCCAGCAGGAAACACAGGAAGUGGAGAUGCAGAGGUGGAUGCAGAGGAGGCCAUUUUUGUGGAGCUCAUCCAAACACUACUGAAGGACCCAGCAGAGAGGGAGCAUUUUUACCAGGAGGUUUUUCCCACAGAGUACGGUCCCGGCUACGACACAGACAUGCAGCUCCUCGUGUGGGAGUUUCUGUCUAAACUGGAGAAACUCCUGCCAGUGCCAGACCUCAGUCAGACUGUGUCGUGGCUGAUGUCCGCCCCCUCCGUCCUGAAGGACUGCUUGCAAGCGCUCUCCAAUCCCGACGACCUGAGGUCUCUCCUGCAGCACCACAAAUGCCUCGAGCACCUCGGAACACAGGGUACCACUGUGGAGAUGUCCACCCAGGUCUUCGCCUGCUCAGAGUGUCCCUUCUUCCACAUGCAGGAGUCCUACCUGCUGCAGCACAUUGAGCACAGUCACCCUGAGCAGUACAGCAAACUCCAGAGCUCUGCAGAGGCAGCCGACGUCCCCAAGAAGAAGGCCCGGCGUCCAGAGUUCCCAUCGCCUUUCCCCAUCCACGACCGGCCCGACCCUCACACGUGCCAGGAGUGUGGAAAAACAUUCACGCGCGCCUCGGACGUGACUCGUCACCAGCGGACGCACACGGGCGAGCGCCCGUACACCUGCAAGGUAUGUAAGAAGGGCUUCAAGAACUCUUGGGAUCUGACCCGGCAUCAGCGCAUUCACACCGGAGAGCGACCCUUCCUCUGCUCCCAGUGUGGCAAGCGAUUCACACAGAUGGGGCUGCUCCAGCUGCAUUUACAGCGAACCGCCUGCAGCCAGAGGUGCAACCCUCCCGUCGAGUUCACGACGGAGGUCGUGGCAGCGGAGGAGAUGCCGGAGAAAGGGGGCGGUCGGUACAAAUGCCAGAAAUGUGGCGAGAGCUUCAGCAGCAUCCUGGAGCGGAUGAGACACAGGCAGAGACACGUGGUCAGGCAUCAGUUCAAAUGCUCCAUGUGUGAGAAGAUAUACAGCCGAGCGUCCGACCUCAAGAGACACCAGAUGAAGCACACCGGCGAGCGGCCGUUCGCCUGCAAGUGCGGGAAGAGCUUCACGCACGUGUGGCUCCUGAACAAGCACCAGCAGAUCCACACUAGGGAUCGUGCGCACCCCUGCGCGGAGUGUGGAAAGAGCUUCACGCAGCUCCAGAUCCUGAACCGGCACCGGCUGACGCACAACGGCCAGCGGCCCUUCAAGUGCUCCCGCUGUGAGAAGAGCUUCACCCAGCUGGCCAGCCUCACGCGCCACGAAAGAACCCACACGGGCGAGAGGCCGUACCUCUGCACCACCUGCGAGAAGACGUUCCUCACGCACGGAGAGCUGGCGAGGCACCAGCGCAGCCACAGCAACCUCAGGCCGUAUGCUUGUCCGCAGUGCCCGAAGAGCUUUAAGACCAAGCGAGCUCAGAGUGAACACCUUAACGCGCACGCGGGGGAGCGUACAUUUGCAUGCACCCAUUGCGGGAAGAGGUUCGCCAAGUCGACCUCGCUCGUCCGACAUAACCUGACUCACACGGGGGAGCGGCCCCACCAGUGCUCUCAGUGCGGGAAGACCUUCCUCACCUCUGGCGAGCUCCUCCUCCACAAGCGCAUCCACACUGGAGAGAGGCCUUACUCCUGCUCCCACUGUGAGAGGAGGUUCAGGUGCUCCUCCGACCUCAACAUGCACGUCCGAACACACACCAGGGAGAAGCCACACAGCUGCCAGCUCUGUAAGAAGAGUUUCUCUACCUCUACGAGGCUGAAGAGACACGUACGCACACACAUGGAGAAGGGAGUAGUAGUGGAGUCCUUUAGUCUUUGAGCUGCUAGGAGCCAAUGAUGUAUGAAUUAGAAGAUGCCAAUCGCUGAUUUCUCAUUUUAAAUAAAAACUUUAAUCAAUAUUUUUUUUUUCAUGUGGUGACAAUAUGAUGCAUGAGAACCAUCUUUGGAAAAAUAUAGUUGUCUGGUUUUGUGAACAAAGGAACUUUUUUUGGUACAUGCUGAUAUAAUCAAGAUACGAGUCAAACAGACAGCGACAUUAGAUUACAUUCAUUUAGCAGAUGCUUUUGUUCAAAAUGUCUUAAGUGUGUUCAACCUUUGUAGGACAAGAACUAGAUGUCAUCAAAUCGUAUAAGAUUAUCCCUCCCAAACAAAAACGGCGGC